AUGUCCUGCCAGCAGAGCCAGCAGCAGUGCCAGCCCCCUCCCAAGUGCCCCUCAUCGCCCAAGUGCCCCCCAAAGAGUCCAGCACAGUGCUCCCUGCCAGCCCCUGCUGGCUGUGCUCCUGGCUCCGGGGACAGCUGCUGCCUGAGCCACCACAGGCACCACAGAUCCCACAGAUGCUGGCUCCACAGCUCUGACACCUGUGACAGUGGCAGUGGGCGGCAGUCUGGGGGCUCUGGGUGUGGCCAUGGCUCCAGGGACUGUUGCUGACCCGGGAUCCUGAUGCUGAGACAAGUGAUUUGAGAGGAAAUGGAAAUCUAAAAUGCCUGGAAAAGCCCCGUGUAAUGCAGUCUUCCCUAUAUCCCCCUAUCUCCCU